UGCAGGCAAGCAGCUUACUGGGGAAGAGGCUGUGUUGGUGGCUUCACAGACAUUUUCUCCUACUUCAGCUGGGAUUUCCCCCAAAGAUCUUCUGAGAAGGAAACUUAGACCCGAAGGUGAAAGAAGAAAUGGCUAGUUCGCAGGGACUGCUGACCUUCAGGGAUGUGGCCAUAGAAUUCUCUCAGGAGGAGUGGGGACGCCUGAGCCACAGUCAGCGGGAUCUGUACAGGGACGUGAUGUUAGAGAACUAUGGACACCUCCUCUUCUUGGGUUUUGUUGUGUCAAAGCCGGACCUGGUCAUCUUUUUGGAACAAAAGAGGGAGCAAUCGGAUGUGAAGAGAAAGGAGACAGUAGGCUCCUACCCAGCUGUGUCUUCAAAUGGCCCUCAGAGCCUCCUUCCAAAGAUGUGCAUACAAACUUCUUUCCAGAGAGUGUCAGUGGGUAGGUGUAAAGAUAGCGUCAUUGAGAAUGGACUCUUAGUGAUAGACGGGAACAGUGUUGGGGAGAGACAAGGGCGCCAAAGAUCUUCUGAAGCACCUAUGCAAAUGGAGACAACUGCCCAUUAUAAGAGUCUCAGUGCCCCAAUCGGUGAAGGGUCUAAAGCAUUUUGGGGAACGCCCAUUUCUAAGUCCAUUACUUCUGCAAAGCAGUGUGUUUCUAUAGGCAAAGGCUCAAAUCAAGUGGUGAAACACACAUAUUUGCAGAACAAAAAUUUGGAAAAUAUGGGAAGUGACGUCCAUCCUGAAAACGCACAUUUGUACCAUUUUGACAAUAAGGUUUCAUUGACCUUUCAGUCAAAUAUUUCUGAAAAUCAGAGAUUUAAAACUGUAGGAAAAAGUGUUAACUGGCAUCCAUUUGAAGGGUCCUUCACUGAGCAAUCGACCUUAAACCAUAACCACAGCAUUUUCAAUGAAAACAGAAUUACUCAUUGCAGUGAAUCUGAGACAAUACUUAACCAGGGUUCAAAUGUUAUGAAACAUCGAAGGACACGUUUGUCUGAGAAGCAUUAUGAAUCGAAUAAAUGUAGAGAAGUGUUUCAUGAAAGCUCCAACCUUCUUAUACAUAAGAGUAUACAGUUGGGAGAAAAUCCUUCACAAUAUAAUGAUUGUGGGAAAAUUCCUAACCAGUCCUCUGAUGAUCAUGAUCAUCAGAGGACUGAUGUGGGAAAAAACCCAUCUGCAUGCAGUGAACUUGAGAACAUGCUUAGUCAGUCAUCAAGGCUAAAGAUAAAUAAGACAAUGCAUACCGGACAGAAAGAAUACAUUUGCAAGGAAUGUGGCAGAGCCUUCACCUGGCACUCAACACAAUUUCAACAUCAGCGAGUGCAUACUGGAGACAAAGCUUACAAAUGUGAAGAAUGUAGUAAAACUUUUAGUUAUGGCUCAUCAGUAAGUGAACAUAAACUAAUCAGUACUGGCAAGAAACCUUACCAAUGUAAAGAAUGUGGCAAGGCCUUUAACUGGCCCUCAGCACUUAAUGGACAUCACCGAAUCCAUACUGGAGAGAAACCUUACCAGUGUAAAGAAUGUGGCAAGACCUUUAACUGGCGCUCAGUUCUUAAUCGACAUCACAGAAUCCAUACUGGAGAGAAACCUUACCAAUGUCAAGAAUGUGGCAAGGCCUUUAAGAACCACUCAGCUCUUAAUCGACAUCACAGAAUCCAUACUGGAGAGAAACCUUACCAAUGUAAAGACUGUGGCAAGGCAUUUAACUGCCCCUCAGUUCUUAAACGACAUCACAGAAUCCAUACUGGAGAGAAACCUUACCAAUGUAAAGAAUGUGGCAAGGCCUUUAAAAACCACUCAGCUCUUAAUCGACAUCACGUAAUCCAUACUGGAGAGAAACCUUACCAAUGUAAAGAAUGUGGCAAGGCCUUUAACCGGCCCUCCAUCCUUAUUCAACAUCAGCGAAUCCAUACUGGAGAGAAACCUUACCAGUGUAAAGAAUGUGGCAAGGCCUUUAUCUGGCGCUCGCUUCUUAAUCAGCAUCACAGAAUCCAUACUGGAGAGAAACCUUACCAAUGUAAAGAAUGUGGCAAGGCCUUUAAGAACCUCUCAGCUCUUAAUCAACAUCACAGAAUCCAUACUGGAGAGAAACCUUACCAAUGUGGAGAAUGUGGAAAGGCCUUUAACCAGAACUCAAAUCUUACUGAACAUUCCAAAAUUCAUACUGGAGAGAAACCUUACCAAUGUACAGAAUGUGGCAAGGCCUUUACCCACCGCUCAAACCUGAAUGAACAUCACAAAAUUCAUACUGGACAGAAGCCUUACCAAUGUAAAAUUUGUGGAAAAGCCUUUUCCCACUCGUCAAACUUUACUGAACAUCGCAAAAUCCAUACUGGUGAGAAACCUUACCUAUGUAAAGAAUGUGGCAAGGCAUUUACACAUCGCUCAUCCCUUAUUCAACAUAACAGAAUCCAUAACAGAGGGAAACCUUACCAGUGUAAAGAAUGUGGCAAGGCCUUUACCCACAACGCAAACCUUACCAAACAUCACAAAAUCCAUACAGGAGAGAAACCUCACCAAUGUAAAGAAUGUGGCAAGGCCUUUAAAAACCACUCAGCUCUGAGUCAACAUCACAGAAUCCAUACUGGUGAGAAACCUUACAAGUGUAAAGAAUGUGGCAAGGCCUUUAACUGGCCCUCAGCCCUUAAUCAACAUAACAGAAUCCAUACUGGAGAGAAACCUUACCAAUGUAAAGUAUGUGGCAAGGCCUUUUCCCACUAUUCAAACUUUAGUGAACAUCACAAAAUCCAUACUGGAGAGAAACCUUAUCGAUGUAAAGAAUGUGGCAAGGCCUUUACCCACCACUCAAAACUUACCCGACAUCACAGAUUCCAUACUGGAGAGAAACCUUACCAAUGUAGAGAAUGUGGAAAGACCUUUACCCAGCACUCAAAUCUAUCUGCACAUCAGAAAAUUCAUACUGGAGAGAAACCCUACCAAUGUAAGGAAUGUGACAAGGCUUUUACCUACCGCUCAUACCUUAUUCAACAUCACAGAAUCCAUACUGGGGAGAAGCCUCACCAAUGUAAACAAUGCGGCAAGGCCUUUACCCAACAAUCAAGCCUUAGUCGACAUCAGGGAAUUCAUACCUGAUGGAAACCAAUGUAAAGAAUGUACUAAGGUCUUUCAUCAGUCUUUAAUCUUUACUCAUUAUUGCAGAAUCCAUACUGGAGCAAAUCUUCCAAACUUAAGGAAUGUGCAAAAUGUUUGUGGACAGCUCACCCCUUACUUCACAUUGGAAAAUGUAUCCUGGAGAAUAACCACGGAAUACUAAAGAAUGUGGCAAGGCUUUGAAGCAAUGCUACACCCUGACUCCUGAUCAGAGAGGAAACACUGGGGAGGAUUUUGCAAAUAUAAAGAAUUUGGGAAGCCUGUUCAUUAGAGGUGAAGCUUCAGUGUGCAUUUUAGAGUUCUGCUGGAGAACUCUUAAUCUAUAAGGAAUGUGGUAAAACUUCCAUGACUCCUUAACCUUACUCUGCAUCACAGACAUUUUACUUAGGAGAAACAUAACAAAAGUAAAGAAUGUGUCUGGCCAUUUGCUGUAACUCACAACUUCCUCAAUAUCAUAGCUGUCUUACAGGAUAGAACUCACAUGUAGAGAAAGUUGCAGGGCUUAUGAAUGGAAUUUGAUCCUUAAUCAAUAUCCUAAAGUACACACGAGAUGUAAAUCCUAUAGACAUAAUGAAUGAGGAACAGCCUUCAUAUUAAAUAUACACUUUAGCAAGCACCAGACACUUCUUCAUAAAAGAAGGUACCUUGAAAGAUUUAAAUCUUUAGAAGGAUAUUUAACGGAACAUCAAAUGUCAAUAAAUGUCACAAUUCACAAUGAAAAGUAGUACAUCGGUCUCUACUCAGACACACAUCAAAAUACUAAUGAUAAGGAAUAAUACAAUGUUAAACAGCGUAUAUGCCAUUAUGCCUCAAAAGAUUAAAUGGAUCAAUUUUUGCAUAGGCAUGUUAAUUUCAGUCUGUGCUGUUUUUUCUCACCUCAACCCUAUGUGACAUUUGUGACUAGUAAACAUUAAUAUAUUUCUACUCUCGAAUUCCUUCCAAAAUUCAUUAAAUCCCAGUGGGUUUUGAAAAUUAUGUGGUUGAUUGUUGAUGCAUGAAAGAUAUGACAUGCCCUUCUUCAUUAGGUGUGACUCAUGUAGGUUUUCAUGGAGGAUGGACAACAUAAUAUAUAAUUUAUAAAGAAAAUCUUCAUGGAGAUGCUGUUUUUGGUGAAAUGAUUGGUGUAAGUUCUAAUGUAACAGGUGUUCAGAACAUCAUUCUUUCCCUUGUAUUAAAACUAACAAUUUUGGGAUGUCUGGGUGGUUCAGUCAGUUGAGUGUCCGACUUUAGCUCUGGUUAUAUUCUCAUGGUUCAUGUGU